GCGAUCGCUGCGUGAAGCCGCCGCCGGCCGCAGCAUCGCGUCAUCGGUCAGGCUUAACAGAUGUCGGACAAUCAAUUCCGUUCUUCCGUCUAUAACCAUUAGCGGGACGCGUCGGGCGUUGAUAACAUUGCUAUUUAUUCUGCGCGCAACACACGCGCCCGGCUCUCUCGGGCUUAACCUCUUCGCAGCGCGGCGUGCAGCCCGGAAGAAUGCAUCAUAGGAGCACGACCGACUAUUGAUCGGUCGGUCGACAGUGCGCCAGCGCAAGUCGAGGCCGCACAGGCCGGACGGAGAGAGGCAUUCAUGAGGCGCGAGCCACCCUCGGUCCCUUAGUGCGUUUGGUCGACAUUUGGCUGCCGUUAUGCUCGUCGCACGGGUGCGCCCUUAGAUGCUGCCAUAAUGUCCGGUGUAAGACAGGGAUUAUAUCGGCUUCGCGACGCUGCCGGAGCAAGUGCACCGGAAGUCGGUGAAGAGAGGCUUCGAAUUCACGCUGAUGGUGUUGGGUGAGACCGGUCUCGGCAAGUCGACGCUCAUAAACAGCCUCUUCCUCGGGGACCUGUACAAAGACCGGCGGAUUCCGGAUGCGGCGGAACGGGUGGCUAAGACCACUUCUAUCGAGAAAAAGACAAUGGAUAUAGAGGAGCGUGGCGUUCGGCUCCGCUUAACGAUCGUAGAUACGCCAGGAUUCGGCGAUGCGGUAAAUUGCGAGGACACGUGGAAAGCGUGCUCGGCUUACAUCGACGAGCAAUUCCGCCAAUAUUUCACGGACGAAAGCGGAUUAAAUAGGAAAAAUAUUCAAGAUAACAGGGUACACUGUUGUCUGUACUUUAUACCACCGUACGGCCACGGCCUGAGGCAGAUUGAUCUCGAGGUGCUAAGGCGCUUACAUCGAAAAGUUAACGUCGUUCCCGUAAUAGCGAAAGCGGAUACUUUAACGACUCACGAGGUGAAAAAGCUGAAGGAGCGCAUUUUGGCGGACAUCGAGGAACACGAGAUUCAGAUAUAUCAAUUCCCGGAUUGCGACAGCGACGAGGAUGAAGAAUUCAAGCAGCAGGAUAAGGAGCUGAAAGCCUGUAUACCGUUCGCGGUCGUCGGCAGUUCGACGGUGCUGGAGGUCGCCGGAAGGAAAGUCCGAGGAAGACAAUAUCCGUGGGGCGUAGUGGAAGUCGAGAACCCGAAGCACAGUGACUUCGUCAAACUAAGGACGAUGCUAAUAUCGACGCACAUGCAGGAUCUAAAGGACGUCACGCAAGACGUUCACUAUGAGAACUUUCGGGCCCAAUGUAUUUCUCAAAUUUCGCAGCAAGCGAUCCGGGAACGGAGGUAUUUACGCAUCAAACUGAAAAGAGAUUCCGGACCGCACUUCGAGAACAGUAUAUCCGACACGGACAGGCUUCUUUUGCAGAAAGAUGAGGAGAUACGAAGGAUGCAAGAUAUCUUGGCGCAGAUGCAAGAGAAACUCAAAGCGACUGGUCAGGUCGGCGGCGGCGGACUACGAGGUCGCGUGGGUAGCCUCGGCAAUGAUCUCGAUUCCGCGGACGUGGAGAAGAAACGUAACAGUAUUAUAGACGUUUGAAGCGUAGAUCACUCGCGGAAUGUACAUCUGGGAUAUGGGGUUUACCCUCCCGAGAGAUCUGUACGAUAUUUCGUACGACUUCAAAUUUCUCGAUGCAUUAAAAUUUUCGAAACUGUAGCGUUAGUACGAAUUAUCUGCGUUCGAGAUUAUAUCUAAACAUUUUAAAUUACAUUUGCCUCUAUUCUAUGAUAAAACAAAAUUAAACUUAAUUAAAAUUCAAGUAAAAUAAAUUUGCCUCUAUCUACGAUAGAAUUAGGUAAUUAUUAUUAAGUAGUUAAUUUCUUCUCAAUCACACGUGCUUAUCUUUUGUCACCGUUCGUUAAGGACAGACAAAGGCCGUGUUCGAGAAUUCACUGCCAGCGAAAAUCUACAGUGCAUAUAGCAAUCUAUAUUAGAUUUUCAGCACUGGCAAUGAAUUUUUUAGUACAGCCAGAGUAUAGAAUUGCCAAAGAUUCACUAAAUGCUUAUCCGCCAAAUAUUCGAUCAAAUCGAGAAAGCUUGUACAGAUCUGUCGACUGUACUCCGCUAACGUCAGUGAUACGUGAUAUCGGAAUGUAUUUUAUACUCAACACGUAUAGUUAAUUUAUACAAACAGCAGACAGCAAAUAGCAAGCAGCUAGCGUAAUCUUAUAAAAAAAACGAUCGAAAGAUAUGCAAGGUGUAUCUUAAAUAAUGCCCACUAAUUAUAUAGCAUUAUUUCUUAUUGAAAUUGAGUCGACAAGUCCUUUUUUCUUUCAAUGCUUAAUAAAACAGUAAUUAUUGCAGUAGUGAUCACUUUAUUGAGUAGAAAAAAAAUAAUUCACGACUUUUCGAUUCAGUUUUUUACGAGAAAUAACGCUACAUAAUUAGUGGGCGUUAUUUAAAAUUACAUCUUGUAUAUAUGUAUGUAUACAUCGAGCAUUCACGUUGCAUAACGGACGUAAAACUGAUCGCACAAGCAGUGAAAUCAGCACAGGAAGAAUUCUUCCGUUCUAUUUGCUGUUUAACCAAGAUCUAUAGUCCCGAGUGUAUGCCAAAGAAUUGCGAAGGGUAUUAUUAAUUAGAAUUAACUACAAAAUCUAAAUAUAAUAAACGCACAAUAAUCCCAUAAUUAUAAUAUAGAAUUAAAUAAAAAGAGUGAGAUGCGAGAGAAAUUCAAUUGUCGGAGAAACCAAAGAUAUCCGCAUUAGCACAGUCACUACUUUAUUGACUUUUUAAUUUUAUAAUCCAUUAGGUGUGUAUUUUAAGUUUUUUUCUUGUGCAGAGAAGGAAUGUGUAGAUGUUUUGUAACAAUAAAUAUGCCGUAACAAUAAAUGAUACGGUCAACUCGA